AUGGGAUUUGGAGGGCUCUUGCAUCUGAAGAAGCAUAAAUUGAAGAUGCAGCUUCUUGAGGACCUUAUGAUGAGGUUUAAUGUGACUACUAGUCAACUAAGUGUGCAUGGUAAUCGUUUUACCCUAAGUGUUAAUGAUGUUGUCACCACAUUGGGUUUACAUGCUGGGGGCAUGAAUGUGGAAACCCAACUUGGCGAGGAUGAUGAAGUGAGGGUAAAAUUUAAUUUGGGUACUGGACAAAUAAAAUGUUCUAGAUUGAAAACAGAUUUGUUAAACGAUCUCACAGUCGGUGAAGAGUUUAGGGGGAAAUUUCUUUUAUAUUUAAUGUGUAGAAUAUUGAGACCAUCUACUGCCGUUCAUGUUCACAACAAUUAUUUGAAAAUAUUGGCCAAUGUUAACGUUGUGGGGAACUUGAAUUGGGCGAAGUUCGUCUAUGAUGGUCUUUUAGAGGGUAUAAAAGAUUAUAAAAAAAAAUCGGAUGGAGCAUCAAGAGAUCAACACGUGACUGGUUGCGUUUUAUUACUUGAGAUAUUUUACCUAGAACACGUGAAUAUGCAUAUCUUGACUCGUCAUUCAAGCUCCUUACCACGCAUACGACAUUGGAAUGACAAGUCCAUUUCAAAGAUUGUUAACAAGGUUUCUAGUUUAGGCGGAGUUGAUAGCAUACAGGUAAAUAUUAAUAUUUUUGUCCAAUAA